AUGGAUUUUUAUUUUUAUUUGGUUUUUUGUUACUUUGUUUUGUUCUUUAAGAAAUAAUAUUAAUCCUCUGAUUCAGACCUGCCAAAUCCAAGUUGGCUGUAAGCAUAGCCUUGGGGAUUUCACUUUCUGACCAAAAUUUUAUAUAGGACAGAUCUUCAACAGAUUGUCCUUUUCUUUGGCAAAUAAAAGUGUUUUUUAAUAUCAUGAAAUACCUCUGGAGUAUUUUCUAAAGGAGAGUUGUGCUGAACUGAGAAAACAAAACAACAACAGUGAAACAUAGGCUAUAGCUUUUACUUUAUCAUCUGAGAAGUUCUAUAAGACCUUAUUAGUAACCCUCCUCAGUGGAGAUGAAAUAUAGUUGAUUGUAGAUGGUAAUUGAGAGAUAAUGGUUUGAAUGUAGUAAGUUCCAGGCAGCACAUCUAAAAGUGAAAGGAGCUAAGUAUUAACGUACGUUCUCAACCAGAGCUCUGAGUAGUUUCUAUUUCACCCUAAAUCUUUGUCAGUCGUUCAGACUGAGACCAUUUUAGCAAUGUUUUUAAAUAGUUUAGUAAAAGAGAAGGCAGAUCUUAAAAUCUAUAAAACUAGCAUUUUAGGCAAAAAUCCAGAUUAUAUAGUUCUGUAUGAUCUGAGGGAUAGUCAUCAUCUUCUGAGAGGGCUUAUGCCUACAGAUAAAAUAAUAAGCAUCGGUUACAGUAGCCUACAUCUCUUCCCUCUGCCCCACCCCCUCCUGGCGUGCUUUAAUUAGAAAGAUACGUAGAUUAAAGUCUUAGCCAUACUCAAUUCCUCCCUUGACCUGAAGGAAACCACGGCAAUUGAGAAUCUGCUGUGUUGCAAAACAUUGUCAAAAGCUUUAUCCAAGUACACCAGUGAGCUUAAGGAGAGCUCCCAGGAGGUAGACUGUAUGUAAGAGAAAAAGGUGACCCCAUUACACAUCGGUGAUUUAACUCACAUUGUUCUUACCUUCUCGAGCGGAGCAUUGACAGUGUCCAGCGCAUCAUUUCCACACAGAAGUGUAGCAGGUCAGUGCAGGAGAAGGCUGAGGUCAUCUUCCACGUGUAAAUUAAGGACCCGCUGGCUGGCCCUUCACACUUACCUCCGUUGGAUAUUUAUGUAUGGGACAUGGUAACCACUGAACCAGUACAGAAUUCAGACAAACCAAAAGGCAAAUCCUUGCCUAGUGCUUAGAGUGCAAUGAGAUAAAAUGAUAGAUCAAAGGAUUAUUUUUGCUUAAUGAAGCAUUUUGGGUUUGACUCUCACUAGACUCGGUUUUCAACAGGAUGUUGUGCUCAAGGGCUGAAAUUUGGAAAUGCCACUACAGCCAUAUAAUCAGUCAACUCUGGUUAAUUUAAUUGAAACAGGACUCUUGAUGAAGCCCUGCUGUGCUUAUAAUUUAAAAUUUAGAAAUGGGUAGGGAGAGUAGUAGAUAAUGUGAGGGAUUUUUUUCCCUCUGAAAUUAGCUUAGUGUAUUAAUUCAGAAAGUAGUCGCAUCUGAUUGUAUGCCUUAGUAAUCUGAACCAUCUGCCUCUCUGUACUAAGGAGUUCUCCUCUAAUCCAGCUUACAGCCCAGAAACCACUCUUCUCUAUCAUUAUGCCCUUGAAUAGAUGAGGCUGUGCAAAGUCCUUUGCUCUUAAAUGUGUUGCUGUCGUUGAGGAUAUUGGGAGAUUUUGUCUUUUUUGUUUCCUUCAGGUUUUGUCUGCGUUGGUUUUAUUUUUCGGGGGCAGACACAAUGGCUUUCUUUAUGAAGACUAUGAUAAGUAACCAGGUAAAGAAUUUAGGAUUUGGUGGCGGGUCUGAAGAAAAAAAAGAAGAAGGAGGUACUUCUGAUCCUGCAGCAGCUCAUGGGAUGACUAGAGAGGAAUAUGAGGAAUAUCAAAAGCAAAUGAUUGAGGAGAAGAUGGAAAGAGAUGCUGCGUUUACACAAAAAAAGGCAGAGAGGGCAUGCCUCAGAGUUCAUCUCAGAGAAAAGUACAGACUCCCGAAGAGUGAAAUGGAUGAGAACCAAAUCCAGAUGGCUGGAGAUGAUGUGGAUUUGCCUGAAGAUCUCCGGAAAAUGGUAGAUGAAGAUCAAGAAGAGGAAGAAGAUAAGGAUACUAUUCUUGGGCAGUUCCAGAAUCUUCAGAACAUGGACUUGGACACCAUCAAAGAAAAAGCCCAGGCCACCUUCACAGAAAUCAAGCAGACAGCAGAGCAGAAGUGUUCUGUGAUGUGAGGGGCGGGGCAGGGGUGGAGGAGGGAACGAGGUCAAGGCGGAAGUGACCACUCUCCCAUGGAGCGUUUUGAGCAGCGUAUACUUUAACCUAGUGAACACAGUUAGAAACACCAUGAUGAUAAAGCUCUCUACAAACAUGAAGACACCAACUUGAUGUUCUAAAUGUUCCUGGUAGAGCAUUUAUCUAGCACCUUGCAACAGGAAACAUACUUUCCUUUUAGUUAUAAAU